AGGGAAUAUAUGAAGGAAGAGGUGGAGGAGUGUGCUGAAGAUGAGGCGACUGAAUCGGAAGAAGACCUUGAAUUUGAUGAAAGAAUUGGAUGCCUUUCCAAAGGUUCCUGAAAGCUAUGUGGAGACUUCAGCGAGCGGAGGCACAGUUUCCCUGAUAGCAUUUACGACAAUAGCUUUCCUGACCGUAAUGGAGUUCAUGGUGUAUCGGGACACAUGGAUGAAAUACGAAUAUGAAGUAGACAAGGAUUUUACUAGUAAGUUAAGAAUCAAUAUUGAUAUAACGGUCGCCAUGAGGUGUCAAUAUGUGGGGGCUGAUGUUCUGGAUUUAGCAGAAACAAUGGUCGCCUCUGCAGAUGGGCUAAUCUAUGAACCAGUAGUAUUUGAUCUCAGCCCACAACAAAAAGAAUGGCAAAGGAUGCUGCAGCUAAUUCAGAGUAGGCUGCAGGAAGAACACUCUCUUCAAGAUGUGAUAUUCAAAAGUGCUUUUAAAAGUGCUUCUACAGCACUGCCACCACGGGAAGUUAAUUCAUUCCAGUCUCCAGACGCCUGCAGAAUUCAUGGCCAUCUCUAUGUCAAUAAAGUGGCAGGGAACUUUCACAUAACUGUGGGCAAGGCCAUACCGCACCCUCGAGGCCAUGCACACUUGGCAGCCCUUGUAAGCCACGAGUCUUAUAACUUCUCUCACAGAAUAGAUCAUUUGUCAUUUGGAGAGCUUAUUCCAGGAAUUAUUAAUCCUUUGGAUGGAACGGAAAAAAUAGCAGCAGAUCACAACCAGAUGUUUCAGUAUUUUAUCACAGUUGUGCCAACCAAACUCCAUACGUAUAAAAUUUCAGCAGAAACUCAUCAAUUUUCAGUGACGGAAAGAGAAAGAGUAAUUAACCAUGCAGCUGGCAGCCAUGGGGUGUCAGGAAUAUUCAUGAAAUAUGAUAUCAGUUCACUUAUGGUGACAGUGACAGAAGAACACAUGCCUUUUUGGCAGUUCUUAGUGAGGCUCUGUGGCAUUAUUGGGGGAAUUUUUUCAACUACAGGAAUUUUACAUGGCUUUGGAGGAUUUGUAGCUGAAGUUGUUUUUUGCCGUUUCAGACUGGGCUCUCACAGACCCACAUCGGUCCCGCUUCCUGACGGCCACACAAGCAACCACUUACCUCUAACGACAGACAAUAGUAUGCAUUAGCCUCCUGAGAAAACGUUCUUUCUUCCUGCCUGAUACAGAAGACAAUUCUUUUUAUAAUAAAGAAAACAUGGUGCAAUGGGCUGAGGCAGCGCUGACGGGCAGCGAAAAACGAAGCCUUUACAAGAAAACCCCAACAAAA